AUGGGACUGGGAUUGCUAGCCACGAGAGCUCUCCGAUCAUCGUCUAGGGUUCUCAGAUCUCAGAACCCUAGAAAUGGAUUUAUCCGAACCAUCGUCUCCACAACUGAGCUCAAGAAUGCCGAGGCCGCCACAGCGGCAGCUCAGGACCCAGCGCCGGCAGAUCUUCCUCCUCGGACCCCAGUGGGCGGGGCCAGGUUCCACUUGUCGAACCCCGAGGACGCCAUCGAGGUCUUCGUCGAUGGUUAUCCGGUCAAAAUCCCUAAAGGAAUGACUGUCCUUCAGGCCUGCGAGGUCGCCGGCGUCGACAUUCCCAGAUUUUGCUACCAUAGUCGUCUCUCGAUCGCCGGUAAUUGCCGUAUGUGCCUCGUUGAGGUCGAGAAAUCACCAAAGCCUGUUGCUUCUUGUGCCAUGCCUGCACUUCCAGGAAUGAAGAUUAAGACUGAUACACCUUUGGCAAAGAAGGCACGAGAAGGGGUGAUGGAGUUUUUGUUAAUGAAUCAUCCAUUGGAUUGCCCAAUUUGUGAUCAGGGUGGAGAAUGUGAUCUCCAGGAUCAAUCUAUGGCUUUUGGUUCUGAUCGGGGCCGUUUUACUGAAGUGAAGAGAUCUGUGGUAGACAAGAAUCUUGGCCCAUUAGUGAAGACUGUGAUGACUCGGUGCAUUCAGUGUACAAGAUGUGUGAGGUUUGCAACUGAAAUAGCUGGGGUUCAGGAUCUUGGUAUAUUGGGUCGUGGUAGUGGAGAAGAAAUUGGAACUUAUGUUGAAAGACUUAUGACAAGUGAACUUUCUGGGAAUGUGAUAGAUAUUUGCCCUGUAGGGGCCCUCACCUCAAAACCUUUUGCGUUUAAAGCCCGAAAUUGGGAAUUAAAGGGAACUGAGACCAUUGAUGUCACCGAUGCCGUUGGUUCCAACAUUCGAAUUGAUAGCAGAGGUCCGGAAGUCAUGCGCAUUCUGCCUCGGUUGAAUGAGGACAUCAAUGAGGAAUGGAUAUCAGACAAAACACGUUUCUUUUAUGAUGGUCUGAAGAGGCAGAGGCUAAAUGACCCUAUGAUUCGUGGUGCUGAUGGGCGCUUUAAGGCUGUGAGCUGGCGUGAUGCCCUGGCCGUAGUUGCUGAGGUCAUUCAUCAAGUUAAACCGGAGGAAAUUGUCGGAGUUGCUGGACAACUGUCUGACGCAGAAUCCAUGAUGGCACUAAAGGAUUUCUUGAACAGAAUGGGGUCAAAUAAUGUGUUAUGUGAAGGAAAUGGCAUGCAUCCAAAUGCUGAUCUACGUUCAGGAUAUCUUAUGAAUAGCAGCAUCAGUGGUCUGGAGAAGGUGGAUGUCUUCCUUUUGGUUGGUACUCAGGUAAUGUUCUUUCACUUCAAUACCAGGUGUAAAUUUUUUUUGACAGUUUCUGUGGCAGUUUGGGAUUUUAGUUCCUUGGAGCACUGAUGACUUCUUUAAUGAUUGACUGCUUAGAGAGCAUUAAAGUGAAGAGCGCAUUUUUCCAUUUCUAUGCGUUGAUUCAGACGAUCUGUUUUAUAUUUUGUCCCUCAAGAUCAUUAGAAGACAAAAAGAUUCUUGUUAUGAUGCAGUGUUGCAUUUAUUGGUAUUCAUAUUUGAAAUAAGGUGGGAACAUCCUGAUUAACAAAAUCCUUCAGUCGAUCAGAGCAUGUGGUUUGUCUUGCAGUGGUACAUAGUACAUACCGUACGUACAUUGUGUUGCAUUUGUCAUAUCAUAUGAUUAAGUGAUUUAUUCUCGCUAUGAAUAUAGUUCUCCUGUAUUAAUAGGGGUGUUAAUUGAGCUUGGUUAUGCUCAGGCUUGGCUCGAGCUAUUCAAGGAAUGAUUAUCAUAAUUCACUAAACUCUUAACGACCCACGAUUUGGGUACAUUGAUCCCAAACAAGGUCGGUUCGCGAUCC